UCCAAAUCCAAUCCACUGGUCCUUGUUUGAGCAAAAUGGCGUCCGCCACAGAGGACGAUGAUGCUUGGUUGUACGGUGAUAAUGAGAAAGCGGACACUGGUGCAUCGAAUGAAAGGAGCAGUGAUUCGAAGUCACAGGCGGAUGAUCCAACACUUUUGCAAAAUAAAGAUGAAUCGCAACAGGAUGACAGAGAAGCCGGAGAGCUCAGCUGUGAGGAUGAGCAGGGGCAGCAGUCGGAGGAUGGUCCAGUCACGGACCCUGUGGAGGCCGAUAGUGAAGCGAAGGGUCCAAGUUCUGAGGCUGACAAGAAUGGUGACGCUGGAGAUGGAGCGGAUGAGGAUGAGGAUGAUGACGACGAUGACGACGACGAUGUCCAGGUGACGAUACGAGACAUCAAGACCUCCCCGUACACCACCUAUCCGGGGCCAACGCAGACGGUGAACCUGAACAUAAAGCGGGGGCCCCCGUUUGCUAGCAAUCUGGGUCCCGGAUCGGGGGUUCCGGGCGUGGGCAAGACCAAGGGCCUCGACAUAGAUGAGGUGGCACUCAUCAAUGGGACGUCCAUUUACGAGUUCAACAUAGAGUCCCUAGAGGACAAACCGUGGCGCAAGCCAGGUGCCGACAUCACCGACUAUUUCAACUACGGCUUCAACGAGGACACCUGGAAGAUCUAUUGCGACCGGCAGCGUAAGCUUCGGUCCGACAACAAUGUGCCCAUCAAGGAUUGGCGGACGGGGAGGAACGAAGUGUUUUUGGGCGAUGCCCAACUGGCCUGGCAGCAGCAGAGGCAGCAGCAACAGCAGCAGCAGCAAGGGACCCUUCCCCCUGAACCUCUGCUGCCGCAGGUUCCCAUCCCUCCGGUAAACGAGAACAGCAAGUACACGGGCAUGGGCAUAGGCAUCCCUCCGCCCCCACUGGGCUCCAAGAAGGCAGGACCCCCACCGGGGCGCAAGAUGUCCGGCAGCAUCGACGUCAUUGGCGGCGGCGCCCCGUCCCUGCCAAGCCGGCGACCGGGCGCCGCCAAGGAAGGGGUCAUUCAGGUGAUUGGCUCCGGGGACCAGCCACUGGGCGGCAUCACCCUUCCACCGACACACAUGCCACCACCAGGCUACAUGGGAAUGGGCCUGGAUGGGCUUGGUGUGCCACCGCCCAUUCCAGGCAUGAUCCCCGGCGUUCCACCACCGGGCUAUGAGACCGGUGCCUUCCCACCACCACGGUUCACGCAUCCGCCGCCACCGCUGCCAGGAAGUGCUGGAGGCGGCCCCGGCGGAGAUCGUGGCUCGUCUUAUGGUGAUGAUGGUCGCUCGUCCUACUACAACGGUGCCGGCGGGUACGGCCAGUCGUACGGGGACGACGGCGGAGGCAGUGGCGGCGGCUCUUGGUCUGGACGGGAACGCAGUGAGCGCGGCCACGGCAGUGAGCGUGGUGAUCGUGGUGACCGGGAACGCGACCGGGAACGCGAGCGGCCCUCGUCGCGCCGUGACUACGACGACGAGGAGCGGCGCGAGUCACGGCGCUACCGCGAGUACUACCGCGAGCGGGAGCGAGAACGCGACAGGGACCGGGAGCGUGACCGGAGAGAGCGAGGAGGUGGCGGCGAGGACGAGUACGAGGAGACAUCGUCGUCGUCACGCUACGAACGGCGGCACCGCGAGCACCGUGGGGACAAGGAGGAGCGAGAGAGGCAUCGGUCGUCACGUCGCCGCCACCACCGUGGUGGUGACGAUGAAGAGGAGGAAGAACGGCGCUCGUCCAAGCACAAGCACAAGCGGUCCAAGAAGGAGCGGCCACCCGUUGAAGAGGUCGAGGCGCCGUCCAGUGAGGCCGGUGGUGCGCCCGAUGCUGGUGGUGAUGAGUCGAAGGCUGACUGACAUCCUACGCCGGACGGUGAAAGUGUACAGGUUGGGCCAAGCGGUGUGGGGGGAAGGAUACAGCAGGCAGGAACCUUCGGACGUGCUUCGAGGAGGAGGCACUCAGAGACACUGGGAGACAUCCUUGCAGUACAGCAGUCUGCUUCGGAUGCUGUAGAAACACAUAGUGCCUAGCACGAAGCAAUGAAGAUAAAGCAUGGGUGCCAGUGAUGUGUUAGUCUAUGGUUUGCAUCCACGGUUGUUACUACCCUAACCAGUCGCUAAACUUCACCUGUGCUUGUUGGAGGGAACUUGCACGAAAUGUUAUGUCUGCCUCAAGGCUCCCAUUCACAGCUUGUACAGCACAGCCAGAAGCAAGUCUCUGGCUAGUUGAUCAGAUUAAGGCUAAAAUGGCUUAGUGGAUUGUCAUGUCGGCUGCUUCUCUUUCGUUUCGUGCAAGCUUCCUCUACCAUGAGGUAUACAUGCACACUUAGCGAUCGUAAGGAACACCAACAGCACUCAUGGUAGAAAUGUAAAAAGACAUUGCUACUGGUAACGGUAUGCCAAGACGUCUACAGGCAGCAUGUGCUAGCUUCUAGGUUCGCGUUGGGCAUCAACAUUGUUUCACUGUUUCUUGGGCUGACAGCUGCAUUCCAGAAUGUCAUUGCAGUGUCUCUGGCUGUGUUAUGCUUGUCUGGAACUGAGAUGUGGCCACAGUCAUUUGAGAGACCCACUACUGAACGUGUACAGUGUCUGCUGUUUUAUUAACUUCAAUUAAGCAUUGAAAUGGAGUGCAUUGUUCAGUUAUUUGAAGGAUUCCAUGAAACUUUCACUGCAUUUACAGAUUAACAGAUUCCUGUUUAGUGGUUAUUGCCUUUCCUUGAAUUUUGGCCGAGCACGUCAUGAAUUUGUGUUUAGCUGCAGAUCCCCUAUUUGAAAUCCUGUCUUAUGCAGCUUUAGGUGAUGUCUGCCGGAGGCUGCCAUGCGAUUGCUCUUUCUUUUUCUUAUAAUAUAUGGGUUGUUAAGUUUAAAGAGAUGCCUUUGCUAAUUUUGUUUCUGUGAUUUAAUUGAGAAUGGCAGCCUGACGUCAACUUAUACUUGAAGUGCUUGCUGCCAAGUUGACGUUAUUACAUCACAAUUUCCUGUAUUUUGUCUUGAUUUCAAUUUCGGAACAUAAAAUGAACUAUUCUUAAUCUGUAAUAAGCUUUACUAAUUUGUAACCUUGGGUAUUUCUGCAUAGCUACCUUGUACAUGUGAAGGUGCUGAACAAAAGUUUUCCGUCAAAAGUUGGAGACGGGUUUUGUCAUGCCGUUGCUUAUAUGCACGUGAAAGUUUCAUGACUAUUCCAUUGAGCGAGUGAUGUGCUUCUGU